GUGAACCAAACCGGACACUAAAGAGUUAACGAGAAAGAGGAAAUCCUAUCUUGUUGGUCACACUAAAAAAUACGAUUAUACUGCCUCAGUUUAACACUAGCGACCGGAUGGAUUGCGCACUCUAUGAUGCGAGUCAUAAAGAAAGGUUAUUCUGCAAGGUUAAUACUACACGCGAAUUUGGUUUUGUAAAUCUCCUAACGAAACGGGCGAAAUAGGGAAUCCAUUAUUAUUUCUUGGACAGAGGUGAGGUUUUCAGCAGGAUGUCGGUUCCCCCUGACAGAGCAACACUGGGCCGGGAGCUCGCUGUCAGAACGGACCGCAGUUCGGCGUUCCGCAGGUGAAUAGCCGGGUGCGCAUGCACACGUCCGCGUGACGGGUACGGAUCAGCGCCUCUGAACGCGGACUCGCAGGAGCUGUCCAAACGUUAUUACACUGUUCUUAAGAAGUGUACUGAUCAGCUACUCCACUUUAAAUCAAAGAAAACUGUCACUGGGCCAUGAAGCCGCACCAUCAGCUGUUCAGGUGUUUUUGGCGAACCCUCCUCAAUGUUCUUCUGUUUGAGGGCUCACCGCUCGUGAUGUUCAGGGGUUCCCUCACUCUCACCCUGACCAGAGAUAACAGCAGCUACACACUGCAGGAGGAUGCGCGGAUAACUCACUCGUCUCACAUUGUUUCAAGUCAUAGUAGAGAGUUGAAGACUUUGGUCAAGACCAUGCCGUUUGCUUUAGUGGAUGGAGUUAAGAGAAGACUGAGUGAUGUUUUACAGAAUGGUCACCCUGAUAGACUCCAGUGUGGUUUAAAUGUGGGAACCAGCUUGUACAUCCUGGACCUGGAGAAAAACCAAGAUCUUUUGCCAAAGCCACCUCACGUGUUCUACUACCUGCCAAAUGGAACCGUGGUAUCCAUGGAGCAGAAUCCAGUGACCCACUGUUACUAUCACGGCUCAGUGCAAGGUUUCCCUCAGUCCCGUGUAGCUCUCAGCUCUUGCUCUGGGUUACGGGGAGUGAUCGUCAUUAACGCCACACUGAGCUUUGAGCUACAUCCUGAUGAAGAAGAAGUUAAUAAAGAUGAGGAGGGGAGUGGAGAAAUGGAAGAUGGAUUCAUGCAUGUGAUCUAUCUUACUCACCAGCAAACAUCUGAAUCUAGAGACUGCGGAGUAUCUCACACUUUUAUUCCUCCCAUUCAGAUCAUUCCACAAACACACAGGAGUAAGAGAGACAUUCUUUCAGAGACCAAAUAUAUUGAACUUGUGCUGGUGGCAGAUCAUAAAGAGUAUGUGAACUAUCAGAAGAAUAAUAAAACCAUUAUCUACCGCAUGCUGGAUGUGGCAAAUCAAGUGGAUUGGUUCUAUCGGCCGCUAAAUGUGCGUGUGGCUCUGCUGGGUUUGGAGAUCUGGAAUGACCAGGAUAAGAUCCAGGUGGAUAAAAGUCCCACUGAAACUCUAAACCGCUUCCUGGAGUGGAGGACGAGGGAGCUGCUACCACGACUACGGCAUGACAAUGCACAGCUAAUCAUGGGUGAGUCAUUUGGUGGGACGACGGUUGGCAUGGCAUCUCAGUCCUCCAUGUGCUCAAGGGAUCGAUCUGGAGGAGUGAAUGUGGAUCACCUGGUAAGUGUGUUGGGUGUGGCCUCCACAGUAGCACAUGAACUAGGUCACAACCUGGGAAUGAGCCACGAUACUGCCAACCGAAGCUGUCAGUGUCAGAACGAGCCACGCCUUGGAGGCUGCAUCAUGGAGCCCUCUACUGGGUUUAUGCCAAGUCAGCUCUUCAGCAGUUGCAGUGAGCGGGAUCUCUCUCUCAGUCUGCUGCAUGGUGGCGGGAUGUGUCUGUUUAACGUACCUCAGCCGGAGAGUCUUAUGGGAGGUCCGCGCUGCGGGAACUUGUAUGUGGAGAAAGGAGAAGAGUGUGACUGUGGCCUGCUGGAUGAAUGUAAUGAUCCUUGCUGCAAUUCCAGUACAUGUAAACUAGUUCAAGGUGCCCAGUGUUCUUCUGAUGGUAUCUGCUGUGAAAACUGCAAGCUGCGUGUGGCUGGGUGGGUGUGUCGAGAGCCCAUAGGAGAUUGUGAUUUGCCGGAGUACUGCACUGGUACCUCCCCCUACUGCCCACCCAAUGUGUUCCUGCAGAAUGGAGAGCUGUGCAAGGGUGGGGCAUCUUUCUGCUACAGCGGUGUGUGUGCCAGUCUGGAUGCGCAGUGCCAAAUGCUCUGGGGACCAAACUCCACCCAUGCUCCACCCAUCUGCUUCUCUUCAGUGAAUAAACAGGGCAAUAAGUAUGGAAACUGCGGCCAGAUGCCCAAUGGUUCCUACAUCCCCUGCUUGAAAGGGGAUGUGCACUGUGGGAGGGUCCAGUGUCAGGGUGGAAGUGACCGUCCUCUGCUGGGCUCCAAUGCUGAGAUUCUGACCACAAAGGUUAAAUUGAACCAGAGUGACUUUAUCUGUCGAGGGACCUAUUUUAAUCUCGGUGAUGAUGUUUCUGACCCAGCAAUGGUGGCCCAGGGGACUGCUUGUGGAUCCAACAAGGCUUGUGUGGACCAACGCUGUCAGGACGUUUCCAUGUUUGGUGUAGAAGAAUGCCGCAGGAAGUGCAAUGGCCAUGGGGUGUGUAACAGUAACAAGAAUUGUCACUGUGAUGAGGGCUGGGCUCCUCCUGAUUGCAGAUACUCUGGUACUGGAGGCAGUGUGGACAGUGGCCCCACACGAGAACCCAGAGAUUCUGAUCCUGCACAGAUGGCUCUGCUGGUGAUCUUCCUGUUUGUGUUGCCAGUCGGGCUGCUGUUUGUUGCAUUCCGGUUCCCCCGCUGUCGCCGAAGCCUUGUGAACCUCGGCCACACGCCCUUCAACAAAACUCGACAGAGCCGGACACCUGCUAUGGAGCUAACAAAUGCUCGAAAUGGAGAUCAGGUGCAGCCGCUCAGAUACCAGUGGCCACACCAGAAUGACAUCCCUCUCACACAGACUGUCAACAAGGUCCAGCAUAGGCCUGCUGCUCCAACUAAACCUCUUCCACCUGAUCCUGUCUCUAAACCUGCUCAGUUGGCAGGCCACUGGCCCGCCCCUCCGACCAAGCCCCUUCCUCCUGACCCCAUCCCCUCAGAGAGCAAGAUGCAAGGCAAGCCCACAGGUGCGCGGCCAGCUGCACCGAGAAAACCCCUCCCCCCUGACCCUGUCCUCUCUGACCGACAGGUAUCACACCAGAAACCUGUUCCUCCUAAACCUCCAGUUCCCAAGAAACCAUUGCCUGUGGAUCCUUCAUCCCAGCCUCCUCCUCCACUCCCACAGCUGGGGCAUGCGGGAUCUGCUGCAUCAUCUUCAUCCUCUUACUCACACAGCCCUACGUCAGCUAACGCUCCUGCCAGAACUUCUCCCCAUCCAUCUCUUCAGAGACACAAGCACCCUGGGAAACCCCAUUCUCCACACCUAGUAUAGCCAGUAAGGAAACACUGGUCGGGUGUUGCUCUGCUGUGGGAGACUGCGUGACGUAGACUUGCACAUUUCUAUUUGCACUGAACCCGAGAGUGGACUUGAUUCUGCAAGGUGAAACCUUGACACUUGCGGGAAUUCCUCUCUUGCUUUGCAUCUGAAUCAGAACUUAAACUUCUAACUCACUUUGAGGCUCAGUGGGCCAUAAGACAAAUUGCAGACUCCAAUAUUAGUGAAAAAAUAUUUUUAUUCUCAAGAACUUUUUAAGAGUGGACAUAAAGUGGACAUACAUAUUUUAUUUGUCUAUGUGAUUCAGAAGUCCAGUUCAGUGCAUGGAAAUAGCCAGGAUAUGACCAGAUGAUGCCUUGAAGGAAGGAAUCUUGAUGUCUUCCUCUGAGAUGCUUAAUGCAUCCUCAAUUGCCUGCCUAUUGAUGAACUGAUCUUUCUUAGAGAAUCUCUGUGGUGCCUAAUUAAUCAGCCAGACACCAUGCCAUCAAUGAUUAUGUAGAACGCUCUAAAUAAAUUCUGAAAUUCUACUGAAUUUCAGAAUUUUCUUAAAGGUGCACUCAAUAAUUUUUUGUUUAUGUUCACUGGCCUAUAUGGCAAUUGUCUUAUACUGACACCUAGCGGAGUGGAUGCAGCAUCACACAGAAGUUGCCAAUGCCAUUUUAGAAAUUCCCUAUUUGCAGUGAGCCAUAAUUAAUUUAUUCCAUUAGCUAAAAUACCCAGAUUAAGCGAGUAGUAUUCGGCUGGUCAUGGGCUUUCAACAUGUCAGCCCCCAUGAUCUGCUCCCUUUAAAAUCAGCUUUUAUUAGGCCACUGAGAUGACUGGAGAUGUCAUCUCAUUUGAGUGCUUUUAAAAAUAUUUGUAAAAAGUACUAUUUAAUUAUGUGUACAGCUUUUAGUUUACUAAGUGCACUUUUAAUUUCUCCAGCUGUAAAUUCCCAUUAGUUUAAAGACAGCUCAUGUCCAGUAAAUUCCAUUUGGCAACAGCUGUCUCAUUACAGACAUUUACAUUGCACACAAAUCUACACACACACAUAGCCUCCAUGAAGUCGGUGUCUUAUAACAGUAUCAAGACAAAUCAGAUUGCAAAUUGUGAAUAUAAAUUAUGCUGCAGGGAAAUGCUGGCUGAUUGGAAGAUGUACACUUCUUCACUCAAAACACCGAGGUAGGUAUUUGAAGAUAUUUAAGUGUAUUUUGAAAUAUGCCAUAUUUUUAAUGCAAUAAACAUGGGAUCUAUUUUUACAGUUGA